UACAUAUCUGACGUGGUCAUGUUUUAUCAAAUCAGAGACCAUUGACUUGUAACCAAUCAAAUCCACGAAAGAAGAAUAUGUAGAAAAUGUAAUUGCGACAAAACGAAGUGUUGACCAAUCUACAGAUACUUUCAUCAAAGCGUUUUCCUUAUUUGGAUAAAAACGUGUGGAUAUACUUUUCAGAUUUUUCAAGGAAACUGUGUUAAUGAUGAAUGAUUAGCUUAGUAACUCUAGGGGAUGACGUGCUCUGUUCUACGCCCGUCGGGAGUCUAGUAACCCUCCGAUUCCUUACCGCAUCAGAGCGAUGUGUUAAUCCACAAACCGGUACCUGUACCAGCAAGUCGUUUAAAAGCUGACUCUUAGAUCAGAGAAUGUAAUGUUUUCAAAUACGUUAACGACACUACAUCGGGCCACAACGACCAAGAAAAAAAUGUCCGGAAUUCGUGGUUUAGUUUUUUUGGCUGCCAUCGUAGUCUCUGUGUUCACUAAUACACACGCCAAAGGAUGUAAGCCAUGCCCACUACCUACUGUUAACGAUCGUGUGUGCGCAAAAGACGGCCAAACAUAUCCAUCCAAGUGCUACUUGAGAAUAAAAGCUUGUGUUUUCAAUAUUCAGUUAAAAGUAGCCCACAAAGGCAGCUGUGUAAGUCACAGGCGUAUCCCACCCCGACGUCCUCCGACAACCACUGCUGUCCCAACAGAGCCACCAACGACAACUGUGAUACCCACAACAAUUAGACAAAGAAGACGCCCUCCACAAUCAACGUCCCAAGGCUCAAAAGCUUGCAAGUCUUGCCCAUUGCCUUCACGUAAUGAGCAAGUUUGUGGCAUCGAUGGACUAACGUACCCUUCAAAAUGUUACAUGAAAAUUAGAGGUUGCUUACUCAGCAUCCACGUGGCUGUUGCACAUAAAGGAAAGUGCCAACGUAAAACACGACCACCUCCACGCCCUCGAAAGACAACUACUAUGCCGCCGCCGACAACAACAUUGCCGCCUACAACGACGACACUGCCACCGACAACGACGUUAAGACCGACUACAAUAAGACGAGCGUAUCGCCCGGAACACCCUAUGUCAGAUCGUAGACUGUCAGUCACGGGACCAGAAAAAGACUGUGGUGAUUGCCCAAGACCAUAUGCCUCAGAUGCAGUAUGUGGAAGUGAUUCUAGAACACAUCCAUCUGUCUGUUGGCUAGACAAACUUGCGUGUAUAACACAUACGAAUAUUCAACCAGUACAUAUGGGAAAAUGCGUCUCUAGAACAUCCUCAGUAGUUUCCGUACCAGAGGCCCCAGAGGUUGAACCAGAGGAACCGGAACCCAGACCAAUAAAGACGAAGCCGAAUCGUAAAGAGCCGAAAUACUCAUCAUGCACUCCAUGUAUUGUAGCUGACUAUGGACAAAAUGACAUCGCAUGCGGCAGCGAUGGCCAUGAUUACCCAUCCUCGUGCCACAUCGAACUUAAAGCAUGUGCUUAUAAAAUUGAUUUGACUGUAGCUCAUAUUGGUGGAUGUACUGAUGAAGAAAAACCGAAAAGGAAGAAGCAGACAUUUUCAGUAAUAAUACCAGAAAUAGAAGUUCAGUCGACAACGCCUAGGCCUCCACCAAUCUUUGAGCCCGAAGAAGAAGAAACGGGAUCCGGAAAUUAUGAACUUUGUGGCGAAUGUCCAGUUACAGCUUACGAUGAUAUUGUAUGUGGUAGUGACGGAAAAACAUAUGCAUCACGAUGUAACCUCCAGCGAAUAGCAUGCCUGAGAAACAAUGACAUAAGUUUCGCUUAUAAUGGAGAGUGCCCAGUCGGGGCUAGACAUAUAUACAAUGUGAAUGAGCCAUGUCCAUCAUGUUCCUUGCCGUCAUCGUGGGAACAGGUCUGUGGAACCGAUGGCCAAACCUAUCCAUCGGAGUGUUUAUUGAAUGUAAAGGCAUGCAUCAAAGGGAUCGACAUACGGGUGAAACACGAAGGCCAGUGUAUUAGGAAGAGGCCUACGCCAAUUCUUCCAGAGCCUGUUGCAACUCAGAGGCCUACGCAACGACCUAUUGAAAGGUGUCCUACGUGUCCAAUACCAGUGCCAUCGGAUAAAGUAUGUGGUGAAGACGGUGUCACUUACUCCUCUCGCUGUGUUCUCCAUCGACGAGCAUGCACCCGGCAGAUACGGACCAGAUUAGCUCAUGAAGGACCAUGUGACACAGGGAGAAAAGAGGUUAACAGUGGUUACAUACGGUGUACCAGCUGUCCGCCGCCGCAACUGAGUGACAUGGUCUGUGGCUCCGACGGAAUGACCUACCCAUCAGAAUGUUUUCUUGAAAUCAAAGCUUGUAUUAAAAGAAGUUCGCUAACAACACGUCAUACAGGAAAGUGCGAUCCAAGAACACCAAACCCUGUCAUCACUAACCCCAUUCGACGACGUCCAAUACCUCAAAUUACCCCAGCACCUCCGUCAACAACCGAAGCACCAGCAUCUAGAUGGGGAGAAAGCUGUUCGUUCGAAUGUCCGAUUACAUUCAAUCCGGUUUGUGGGACCGACAACUUAAAUUAUCCGUCCCCCUGUAUACUAGAAAAUUUUGCCUGUCAUCUUUACAAUCCGGCAUUAAAGGUGCGCCAUAGGGGUCUGUGUAUCAGAGGCUAAAUGAAAGUGUAUCUGUAUAGUUACCGGACUUCCCGUCAUAUACCGGUACGGUACAGAAAACAAAGCAAAUGGAAAUGUCCGUUCCUAAUACGCUACCGUCUUCUGAGAUAGGCUGUACAAGGAAUCACAUGUUUGUGCAAUUAGAAGAUGAUUGUGAUGCUGAAAGCGAUUUUCAACUAACUGUUUUUUUUUAGAAAUUGGAACCGCAAUGUUCAUCACCUUGGUCUGAAUUAGAAAAAAACAAACAAUCAACGUGAAUCCGACAAUGAUAAGUUUAAACAUACGAUGUUUUACUAUGAAGGCGUAGGCCCUACCGCUAUUUAGACCUAUUUAAAAGUCUUUGGUAUUAUAGAUACUUGUAUAUUUAAAUUCGGUUUAAUUGUAUCAUAGUAAUUUAUCUGAAAUUGAAAACAAGUUUUUAUUUAUUUUAUAGAUAAAUUAUUAAAUACUUUAUGAAUUGAUUAAAUUUUUAUUUUUUGUACAUUUUUAUUUAUGAUCUUCUGUCGAUCUAAUUAUUUGUACAGUAUUGGCAUAUUGUUCAGGUUGGUUAGAGUGAAACAAGUUGAAUGAAGUUAUCUGCCAUUAUUAACAUUACAGUAUAUUGAUAUUGUUUGUACUUUUGAACAACUACGGUAGCUGUUCUAAAUUUAAUAACUUAUAAUCGUAUAAUCAUUUUCUUUAUCUUUUUACUAACUUCAACUAAACGUCAAAUAAAACUUUGCAAAUUAUGUAUAUAAAAUAAAUAGUAUCAAUUUGAACACAGCAAAUACACAGCAACAUUAUACUAAUAAAAUUAUAUAGUGUACAAUAAUAAUAAUAAUAAUAAUAAUAAUAAUAAUAAUAAUAAUAAUAAUAAUAAUAAUAAUAAUAAUAAAAACUCACUGCACUCUUAAAACUACAAAUUUAUAAUUAUUGGUACAAAUUUAAUUACCUUAUCUGCAAUAAAUUCGUCAAUACCAAUGCUUGUAGUUUCCACAGCUUUAUAUUAAGCGUUUAAUUAUUUUAGAUAAGCAAUUUUUAAAAACGAACACAAAUGAGUGAAAGGGCAAAACGAUCAUAUUGUUUUGCUUUUUCGCUCAUUUGUGUCCGUUUCUGUAGUUUGCAUCAGAGUUUGCAUAGCUUGAUAUUUAAAACCGAUAUAAUUUUAAUAAUCCCAUUUUAACUAACUCCCAUUUUAGAUGAUCUAUAAAGGAAGCAAUAUUGAAAAUACUUACAGUACGUUACACGACACCCGUUUGUUUUCUCAAGUAGACUGACAAAGUUUAGACACAGCCGCCUGUCUGACGUCGUCUCGUUCUUCCGAAAUUCAAUUUGAUAUUUACGAAACUUGCUGUUCCGUCUGUUCCUGGUUUGCUUGAACUGUAAAAAGUGUAUCGGUACAUUGUGUGACAGGGAGAGCAUAUGAUCGGAAUUCAGAACCACUACUUAGACAUUCACAUACAAAUCGCAUAGAAAUAAUAUACUAUCAAUAAUACAGAAACGAACCACGUACCUAGAUGCGAAAAUACUUAAACAACUGUCAAUUUCUCCAUCAUAUCAUUGUUUUUGUGUAAUUAAUUUGCUUAUUAACUUGUCACCAAACAUUUAUUUUGUGAUCCAAUCAACUGAUUGUAUAUUUUACUUGGUUCUGAAUGGUUAAUGCUAUAUCUAUACUUUAUGUAUAUGUUAGAUCUUCCAUGUUUACUUACUUUAACGUUGAUAAACAUAUCAGGGGCUGUCGAAUAUUAUUAUAUUUUAAUAAAUUUGUGAUCCGCAAGUCAACCUUCAA